GUCCCGGAAGUGUGUGUUAUUGUUGUCAUGGCGGAUCACAGGAGUGAUGCUGGUGACUCCAGUAAAGAUGGAGACAUCUCAUCCAUCAUGGGCUUCUCUGGAUUUGGAAAGAAAGCUCGAACCUUUUGACCUGGAGGCCAUGUUUGAGCAGACGAGGAGGACGGCCAUCGAGAGGAGCCAGCGUGUCUUAGAGGAGCGUCAGAAACAGGACGUCCAGGCCAGCAGCGGCUCUCAGAGCGUCAGCCGGACAGACAAACCGUCUACAUCCACGUCUAGGAAGCAGGAGUCUGACAGCAGUGACAGCGACUCUGAUGUCAUCGGUCCUCCACUUCCUCCCGCACUCAGCGCUCAGACGGAGGAGGGUGAGGAGGAUGAUGAUGACGACAUGGUUGGACCUCCGCUGCCGCCCGGGUUCAAGCGCAGCACUGAUGAUGAUGAUGACGACGACGACGACGACGACGAUGAUAUGAAUGACGAGGAUGACGAUAAUCCAGUUAAGAAGAUCCCAGAUACUCAUGAGAUCACGCUUCAGCACGGCUCUAAAACUGUUUCAGCUUUGGCUCUGGAUCCAUCUGGCGCUCGUCUGAUCACCGGCGGCUACGACUACGACGUGAAGUUUUGGGAUUUCGCCGGGAUGGACGCGGCGCUGCACGCCUUCCGAUCUCUGCAGCCGUGUGAAUGUCAUCAGAUCAAGUCUCUGCAGUACAGCGUGACCGGCGACGUCAUUCUGGUGGUGGCGGGAAACUCUCAGGCCAAAGUUCUGGACCGCGACGGAUUCCAGGUCCUCGAAUGUGUCAAAGGAGAUCAAUACAUUGUGGACAUGGCCAAUACUAAGGGUCACACGGCGAUGCUGAACGGCGGCUGCUGGCAUCCCAAAAUCAAAGAGGAGUUCCUGACCUGCUCCAAUGAUGGGACGGUGCGAACGUGGGACCUGAACUCGGAGAAGAAGCACAAGUCGGUGUUCAAGCCUCGAUCGCUGCAGGGCAAGAGAGUGACGCCCACCUGCUGCACCUACAGCCGUGACGGCAAACUCAUCGCCGCCGCCUGCCAGGACGGGACCAUCCAGAUCUGGGACAGGAACUUGAGCGUCCACACCAAGUUUCACUGCCGUCAGGCCCACGCCGCCGGAUCCGACACGUCCUGCCUCACGUUCUCCUACGACGGAGUAACUCUAGCAUCUCGAGGAGGAGACGACACUCUGAAGACGUGGGACAUGCGCAACUUCAGGAAACCUCUCGCUGCUGUUUCUGGCUUGACCUCCUUCUUUCCCAUGACCGACUGCUGCUUCAGUCCGGAUGACAAAUUGCUGCUGACGGGAACCUCGGUCAAGAAAGACGAAGGCAACGGGAAGCUGCUGUUCUUUGAGCGUGAAUCUCUUCAGAAGGUCUAUGAGAUUGAAGUAGCUGAUACGAGCAUCGUCCGCUGUCUUUGGCAUCCCAAGCUGAAUCAGAUCAUGGUCGGCACAGGGAACGGCCUGGCGAAGGUCUACUACGACCCGGUCAAGAGUCAGAGAGGUGCGAUGUUGUGUGUGGUAAAGAGCAAGAGGAAGGAGAGACACGCUGAGACGCUGACACAAGAUUACAUUAUCACCCCUCACGCUCUGCCCAUGUUUCGUGAGGCCCGGCAGCGCAGCACCAGGAAGCAGCUGGAGAAGGACCGACUGGAUCCCGUCAGAUCCCACAAACCUGAGCCUCCCGUGUCCGGACCAGGUAGAGGCGGUCGUGUGGCGGCCCACGGCGGGACGCUGUCCUCCUACAUCGUCAAAAACAUCGCCCUGGACAAAACCGACGACAGCAACCCGCGAGAGGCCAUCCUGCGGCACGCCAAAGAAGCCGCUGAAAACCCGUACUGGGUCGCCCCGGCCUAUAAAAAGACGCAGCCGGAUCCGCUGUUUGCCGAGGAGGAGGAAGAGGAGCCUGACGAAGAUCAGCCAGAAUGGAAGAAACGCAAGAUCUGAGGAGAUUUCCUCUUCCAGUUUGACUCUGGAGUUGUGGAGUUCAGACGAAUCUGGAAUCUCCAUCUGGAUUCUUACAAACCUUAUGGAAAAGGACAGAUUUAAGUCAGAAUUUGAGCAGAAGAAAUAGAAAAUGUUGUAGUAAAAGUGGUAUUUUUUGCUAAAUGUCAUUACCAGCUCAUACAGAUGAUUCAUUAUUGUCUGAUUUCUUAUUUUGGCUGUUUUUUAUUUUGUAUUUUUGUCUUUUAGAUUAUAAUUAAACCCAUCACGUGGCCUGUUUCUCAUACAAACGCUCCUUGCCCUUUUUAUUUGGUAUCGCGGGUUGAAAAGCAAAAAUGGGUGUGUUUUACGUUCGGUCAGCCUUCAGUAAAUAGUGUUGGAUAUUUGUUAUUUUUUGUCAGAGCCGAAUGAGGCGGUGUAGCGCGCACGUAUCGGCGUGUCGGAUCACAUGUAUGCGUGGCGCUCUUGUGUGUAAACAUACGGGACGUCACGUUAUCACAACGCAUUCCUUUCCGGUGAAUGUCCCGUGUGAAUGACUCCUCGUCUUCCCCCAUGAAUCACUGCGCUCUAUAAAUAUUUACUCAAAAAAAAUCUUUAGAUACUUCGUUUGUUAUUAAACCUUAAGCUUUUUAGGAUCUUCACUGUGUCUGGCAGAAGACUCCUUUUCUGUUGUUUGAAUAUUUA